ACCCUAGCCUCGCGUAAAUGAGUGUGUAUUUUGACCAGUGCUGGUGAACUUUAUAUAGAGUUUGAUAAGGAAGCAACUGUUAUCGUAUCGGGUCAAACUAACGUCACAAAUAUCGAUUUUAGGUGACUGAAGUAAUGAAUCUGUUUUAAUAAGUCGUAUAGUGCGUUUGUUAGAAAUACUCUGCAAUACUGGAAUACCUAUCGGAAAAGUGAAUUUUGAGGCUGGGUCAAACACAAGACCAAUGAAUUCGACAAGUUUAAAACAAAAUGGCGAUUGUUCAAGACCGAGAUAUGAACGCUUGAGCUACGUACACAACCCCGGAAAGGAGCCUCUAAAGUAUAUGACAAUUGGUGACUUGGUUGAAGAGUCCGCGCGUAAAUAUGGGGCAAUUAAUGCAAUAGUAUCGGUUUGUGAUAACCAAAGGAUAACAUACAGGGAAGUCUUGGAGCGGUCAAGUCAAUUGGCGAAUGGUUUUCUUAGCUUGGGCUUACGGAAGGGUGAUAAAAUUGGAUUGUGGGCGCCAAAUGUACCUGAGUGGAUUAUUGUGUUUUUUGCCGCGGCUCGCAUUGGACUUAUAACGGUCACCAUAAAUCCUAAGUAUCAAGCAGCCGAAUUGCAACACGCAUUAAAGCUCUGCGAUGUGAAAGCACUUGUUUGUUCUGAGAAAUGUAAAACGUUGGACUUCUACGGCAUACUGCUCAGUUUAAUUCCAGAUCUGAAAACGAGUGAGCCAGGAAAUGUUUCAUGUACGAGUAUUCCCACUUUGAAAAAUAUUAUCACCAUUACUACAUCAAAAUUGAAGGGAACGUAUAGCUAUUAUGACGUGAUGAAUUUUGGGACUGGAGAAAUUGGGGACGAAUGCGAAGUUGCAGCCGAGGACAUUGCUAAUCUUCAGUUUUCUUCCGGAACGACGGGAAGACCAAAGGUAGUUUGUUUGACACAUUUUCAAAUGGUAAACAACGCCUACCAUAUGGGAAAGAGACUUGGCAUUGACGACGACCAGCACGUAUACUGCUUGCAACCACCGCUAUUCCACGUGUUUGGUAUUUGCGUGUGCCUUCUUAGUGCUUACCACAAUGGCACAACUUUGGUGCUUCCAUCGCCGCUGUACAGUCCUUCGGCAAAUAUAAAAGCAAUGGCGGAAGAAAGAUGUACCGUGGUGUGUGGAACCCCAACUAUGUACAUAGAUCUGGUUAGUUUACAAAGCAAGCUAAAUUUAAAACUCUAUGCACGCAGAGCUCUUAUAGGCGCUUCACCGUGGCCAUCAAAGCUUGUAGAUGACAUUAAGGACAUAUUAAAAAUAAAAGACAUUAAGUGUUUGUAUGGUGCAACCGAACUGACGUCGGCUGCAUUCCACUCUUUAAAAGAAGUCAAUAAGCACAACGAUGUGGCGGAAAAUAUCGCUUACAUUGGCGAAUAUGUUGAAGCAAAAGUGGUAGACCGCAACCAGAACGUCGUUCCUUUCGGUACGCCUGGUGAACUUUGCAUUCGCGGGUAUUUAACGAUGACAGGUUACUGGAAAGAACCAGAAUUAACGGCGAAGGUUCUGAAUAAAGACCGUUGGUUCAGAACUGGGGAUCAAUUCGUCCUUUACGAGGAUGGUAGAGGUAAAGUGGUGGGUAGGUUGAAAGAUAUGAUCAUAAGAGGCGGUGAAAACAUAUCCCCAAGUGAAGUCGAAGAAUUUCUUCAUACACAUCCAGAUAUUGUUGAAGCUAGCGUGAUCGGAAUAGCAGAUGAGCGGUUAGGGGAAGAUGUCGGCGCCUGCAUUCGUCUCAGGGAAGGUGCGAACUUGUCUUUGGAGAAUUUAAGAGAAUUCUGCAAGGGAAAGAUAGCAACUUAUAAAAUCCCUGCUCAAAUAAAGAUAAUGGAAACAUUUCCGAAGACCCUUUCUGGCAAGGUCCAGAAAUUUGUACUUAGGCAAGAGUUUAGUAGAACGAAAUGACGUAUUUGGUCACCUUCGACGUUAAUAGGGUAACUAAAGGUGGUCAGUAUUGCUUCUAGAAAAUGGUCUAAAAAUUAAGGACAAGUUGAAUAAUAAUAUACACCCACAUAUUCGGACUGUAUACGUAUAAAGAAUGCUGAAUAAGUCUACUUCUUACCACAUGUAUAAAAUAUAAAUAAAAUGUUAUUUUCGGCGCAAAUAUUGUUAAGGUAAAUUUAUACGGGAUUUAUUUAAAUGCUUAUUUAUAUCAAAUUAAUUAUUAACGUUCACUGGAAUGAUAGAGUAAAUAAAAUGGUUGAUUUAUGACAA